AUUAUUUGUAUAUAGGAAUAGAAAAUUAUAACUAAUACACUCUAAGUUACAUACUCCAGGUUAUUUAUAUCAUAUAUUAUAUAUAUUGGUUGAAAUGACAAAAGAAUUGAAGAUUAAAUCGGUUGCUGUAAUUGGUGGAGGGCCAGCUGGAUUAGCAGUAGCUAAUGCAUUAUCUCAAGAACCAAAUCUGCCAUUUGAUAAUGUAGAUUUAUUUGAAAGAUCUGGAUCAUUUGGGGGAUUAUGGAAUUACAAUAAAAAUAAAGUUGAUAAUGAGAAAAAUUUCUUUUCACCAAUGUAUAAUCAUUUGGAGACUAAUAUAACCAAGUAUAUGAUGGCAUAUAAUAAUUUUCCGUUACCAAACUCUUGUGAUAUGUUUCCUAAAAGACAAGAGAUAUUAAAGUAUAUUCAAAACUAUUCAAAUUCAAUAAACAAGAGAAACAAUCAAUUACAGUUCCAUUUAAACUCCAAUGUUAUUUCAAUAAUUAAAGACAGAAGAUUAAAUAAAUGGUUUGUCAAGUAUCAAAAUCUCAAGAAUAAUCAAGUUGCGAUCAAGAAUUACGACGCGAUAGUAAUAGCCAAUGGACACUAUAAUAAGCCAUUUAUACCCAGAGUGUUAGGAUUGGAAGAUUGGAAAUUCUAUGAUCCUAAGUCGGUUAUCCAUUCGAAAGGGUUUAAUGAUUCAAUUGAUUUUAAGGAUAAAAAAGUUCUAAUCAUUGGAAAUUCAGCAUCAGGAAUUGAUAUUUCAACGCAAUUAUCUACAACAGCUAAAAGCAUAUAUCUUUCGGUUAAGAAAAACGCAGAAAAUGAUAUCAUUAACCAAAAUAAGUUCAUCAAGUGUAUUUCUCAAGUGAAAAAAUACGAUUAUUUAAAUAAUAGAUCAGUUAUCACUAUUGAUAACAAAAAAGUGGAGAGCAUUGAUACAAUAAUAUUUUGCACUGGCUACUUGUAUGAUUUCCCAUUUUUGAAGAGUUAUGUUGAUAAAGUAUCCAACGAUGGUCUAAAAUAUCUGGAACCAUUGAUUACAGAUGGAAAAAUGGUGCAUAGACUUUACAAACAUAUGUUUUAUAUCUAUGAUCCCACACUUUCUUUUGUUGCAUUACCCAAAAACAUUAUACCAAUGUCGUUCUCAGAGUCUCAAGCUGCGAUCAUCUCAAGGGUUUUAUCAGGGAGAUUAAAAUUGCCAACUGAAUCUCAAAUGAUACAAGAAGAUAACCAGUUAAUCCAGCAGAAGGGAGUUGGAAAACUCUACCAUGAUUUGAAGUUCCCCCUGGAUUUGAACUAUUGCAAGGCCUUGCAAAGGAUCAUAGAUGAGCAGGGGCUCAACAGUGGGUUUCAAGCAGAGCGUUGGGAUGACCAAAGAUACAAAUUGAGAUUGCAUUCGAGUAAGAUCAAGAAGAAGAGAUUUGGGGAGCUUAUCGAAUAUGUGGGAAAGUUGCGGGAGAACAACCAACCUUUCAAAUUGAUGCGAAAGGAAACAAGAUACUACUAUCCCAACUGCAGGGCCUCCAAAUUGUAGUUACUUUGUAGUCUAUAGUUCAGCAGUUAUCUAACAACCAACAG